AUGUCAAACCAAAGACCGACCUACAAUCCGGGAGGCAGCGGCGGGCCCCAGCAGUUCGGGACUGGUCCUCCUGGACAGCAGCAGACCCCUUCUCAAGGGCAAUUUCCCACUGGAGCCCGUACCGUACUUCCUCAAGUUCCCCUCGGACAUCAAAUGGUGGCACAGCAGCAGGUCCAGCAGCCUCAUAAUCAAGCUCAGCAAGUCCAACUCUGGCAAGGCCAACAAGGACAACAACCGGGCUAUCAACAACCCGUCAACAACAACGCCUUUCUUCAGCCAGGCUAUGCUGGCAAUCCGGCACAUUAUCCAUAUCAGUAUGGUCCGCAACAACCUAUGCCCCAAAACCAACUUCAACAGCACCAGCUUCAACAGCACCAGAUUCAACAGCAGCUGAUUCAGCAGCUUCCACAACAGCAGCUUCCACAACAGCAGCUUCCACAACAGCAGCUUCCACAACAGCAGCUUCCACAACAGCAGCUUCCACAACAGCAGCAGCAGCAACAACAGCAUCGACAGUUUCAACAACUGCAACAGAAUCCACAACAGCCCGAGCCAGCCCGUAACCCAAUGGAUAUGAUCCCCCAGAACGUCCAGAAUAUCCUUGACGGUGGCCCACACGGCGGCCCGAUCGUUCUGAACUUCAACAUCUACCAGCCCACCAUCUACCAGCCCUUCCAGUCGGCGUUCCAAGGGGGCCGAGGGCAGAACCAGAGCCAGCAACAACAACAACAACAACAACAACAACAACAACAACAACAACAACAGCAGCCCCAGGACACAAGAGUCCAGAACCAGAACCACAACAAUCACCAGAGCCUGCCAAGUGGAAUCCCAAUGCAACAUCCCAUCCCGCAAAGAGCUCCUCCUCCUGCUGCUCCUGCUCAACCUGCUCAACCUGCCCCUGCCCCUGCCCCUGCUCAGCCCUACCCUCAGAGCGUUCCUCCUCCUCAGGUUCCUCAAGUCAGAUACGCUCUUCAAGCUCUCGAGCAGUCCGCCACUGCUGCUGCUUCUGCUGCUUCUGCUGCUGCUGCUUCUGCUUCUGCUAAACCUGCCCCUACCCCUGCCCCUUCCCCUUCCCCUUCCCCUUCCCUUGCCUCUGACCCUCCUCCGCCCUACUCUCAGCUCCAGUCAAACCACCAUGCGAUUGCAAAUUCAAGUGCAAAUACAAAUACAAGUGCAACCCAUCAUGGUCUUCCUUCUGCUGCCCCCCAGGCCCAAAUCAACAACAAUAACAACAACAACAACAACAACCAGCGCCCCUUAACCCCCCAGUCCCAGCCCCAGACCCCCCCGUCCCAGCCCCAGACCCUCCAAGCCCGUCGUCAGCAUAAAAUACAAGUACGCCGUAUCCAUUCGCAACAGCACCUUCCCCCGUCCGAGUCUGCGCAGUCUGCGCAGUCCGAGCCCGGGCAUUCCCAGCCGCAACCCCAACCCCAACCCCAACCCCAACCGCGACUACUACAAUACCACCGUAUGCAAUCAGAACAGCACCUUCGAGCACUUCCCAGCCCAAGGUCUGGGUCCCGCGGAGCAUCAGCAUUGGCAUCACCCAGGGCCAUCAACGCCAGUUCCUCUCAUCGAACUCCAACCCCUCAAUCUCCACGCACUCAAGCUCCAACCCCUCAAGACAUUGAGGACAAGGAGGGAGAUAAGGAGGGCAAGGAGGAGGUUAAGUCGGAGGAGUCGGAGUGA